AUUUAAAAACUGGUCACAUGCAUAAAACUGAACGUUUGCCGCAGGCUUCCAUCACUUUAUCUCUUCUCGACGAACAGCGUGGAAGCUCGACAAAAGCUGGAUAGAGACCAACAAAAUCGAAAGCAAAAAUGAAGCUCCUGCAGCCUAUUUUGCUCUUUGUGAUGCUGUGGGCCGACGUCCCACUGGCGGUAGGAACGGAAGAGACCAAAUUCAUUCUCACGGCGCCGAGCGUGUUUGCCGUCGAAAAAACUGAGACAAUGUUACUCAAUAUUCUUGACAACCCGAAAAAAACGAAUUUCAAGAUUCGACUGCUGACGAAAGAAAACAACGAGGAACGAGAGCUUAAUGCGAUCGUUUUGGAAAAUCCAGACGCCAAAUUGCACGAGAUCCAACUGUCAGUUCCAACCACAAAGAGCUAUAGAGGAAAACUUGAACUUCACUACGAUGAAGGAAAAAACUUGAGCUCCGAACUUUUGUUCUUCACACCGCGAUAUUCGACGUUUAUCGAAACAGACAAACCGUUUUACAAACCGGGAGAGCUGGUGCAAUUCAGGAUUUUGCAAACCAAGGAAAACUUCCUUCCAAUCACCACACCGGCACUUCCUAAGGUGUGGAUCACAAACCCAGAUGGAAUUAAAACAGCCGUUUGGACAGACGUGGAGAGGAAAAACGGACUAGUGCAACUGGACUUCCAGCUCAUAAGUGAGCCAAUCAAGGGACAUUGGACCAUAAAUGUUCGCCAUGGAAAGGAUGAAAAAAUCGACACACAGAGAUUCGAGGUGAAAGAGUACGUUUUGCCAAAAUUUGAGGUCACCGUGGAGCCACCGAGAGAUUUCGAUUUGAGCUCUGGCAAUGAUUUCACUUGGAAAGUUUGUGCCAAAUACACUUUUGGCGGAGCAGUACAGGGCACAGUGAAGGCCGUUUUCAAACCUGUUAAAUAUCACUAUUGGCGAGGUUCAUCACCUGAGAAUGAAACGAUAAUCUCCCAGAUAAAUGGCACGCUGAGAAAGAAUGAUGGUUGUCACGAGUUAGUGUUGACAAAGGAGAUUAUUAACAAGGACGUCAAUGGCAAAACCAAAGUUACUGGCGUUAUUUUUAACGCGACAAUUGAGGAGAAGGGAACUGGUGAAACGCGUGAAGUCAUUGAGACCACUUCUAGUUCCAACUACUACCAAAAAGCGAAAUUAGUUAACACACACCAGAGGCAGUUUUACCGACCUUUCAUUCCCUUUAGAGGAGAAUUUACGCUGAAGAAAGGUAAUGAUGACCCGAUUCCGCACGCGGAACUCGAACUGACCGCCGAAGGAGAAGAAAUUCAAGGAGAGCACAAGAUUGAAAGCAUUGAGACCGACCAGGAUGGAAAAGUCUACUUCACUAUUUUGGCUGGAAUAUCAAAAACGGAAAUCACUGUCAAAGCAAAGUGCAAAAAUUCCACCAAAAAUGCGUGCAGCGAUUUAUCUUCAGAACAAACGAUCUAUCCUUGGGUUUCGUCGUCGAGCUCGCACAUUGAGAUCAACAGCCCACACAAAAUUGCUAAAUGCGGCGAAAAACUCGAGGCUGAGGUUUUGUUCACAUUCGACAAAAAAGUUAAAGGCAGUUCGAUCGACUUCAAGUACAUCGUGGAAUCCAGAGGAAACAUUGUGAAGACAGGCGUUGUGACUGCGAAAGCAGAGGCGAUAACACCCCCGACGCUGAAAAAUGUUAUUUACAAGGCCAAUUUCACAUCGGAAGAGAGUGAAAUUUCAGUGGGGAAGUUUAAUCUGGAUUUUCUAGCCGAGCCGAGAUUUUCACCAGAGUUGAAACUGAUCGUUUUCUACAUCCGAGAGGACAAGGAAAUCGUAGCCUCAAGCAGGACUUUCAAAAUUCAAAACUGCUUCACAAAUAAGGUCACUUCGAAGUUUACGAAACAGUCCGUUAGGCCUGGCCAGUCCGUGACCCUUUCUCUCGGCGCCAGUGCCGACUCGUUGUGCGCCCUCACCGCUGUGGACAAGGCGGUCAAAUUGCUCAAACGAAAAGACACUUGGGAUGCUGAAAGGUUUUUCCAAUUGAACAAUGUGAAUGGCGUAAAGCAAGAGAACUAUGUAUCAUGGAAAUACAAGGUUCGUAAAUGCAAGAAAGAACCAAGUGAGAAGCCAGUGCCUGAAAGGGCCAGCACGGCCAUCAGGAGUAUUCGAUUUCAACCACGCUAUUCGAUGGAAUUCGGCAACGCAAAAAGAGUAUUUGAGGACAGUCGCGUAUUAAUUUUGAGCACGUUGGAGCAUAACGUAAAACCUUGUCAGUAUGGCAACACCAAAGAAGAGUGUGACGAAUGUCCUUUCGGUUAUUUAUAUCCUGAGGUUUCUUUUAUUCCAUUUGCUGCAACAUCAAGGCCAAGUUAUGGCCUAGCGGGAGGAGCUUGGCUAAACAGUGCAGCUGCUGCUGUCCCUGCUCCCCCUGCUCAAGAAUCAGAUAUUGCUGACCGUGUAGCUGUAGCUAAAGAAGAAAAAGUGAGAUCCUUUUUUCCCGAAACGUGGUUGUGGAAGUUGGAAGGCGUCAGUGCAAACGAAACGAAAAAUCUGCAGCUGGAAACGCCGGACUCGAUCACGGACUGGGUGCUCAACACGGUUUGCGUCUCCAACACUGACGGAGUGGGAAUAGCGCCAGAAACAUCGCUCAGGGUUAUAAAACCGUUCUUUAUGGACUUCACCCUGCCCUACUCGGUCAAAAGGGAGGAAAUCCUGCAUUUGAAGGUGUCACUUUUCAACCAACUAUCUCGCGACCUACCGGUUAAACUAACUUUUGGAAGCUUUACUGGCGGUGACCUGAGGGGCAAGCAGACCUUCUCGGCGUGCCUUGGAGGAUUCGACAAGUUGGUGCACACCUUUGAGUUAGACACGAAAGUCUUAGGGAAACACAACAUUUCUGUGAGUGCUGGCAUAGACGACAGUGUACGCGAUUGCGGAUCUGGGGAAUCCGUCUCCGUCAGUGACGAAAUCAUCAAGCCAAUUUUGAUAAAGCCAGAGGGAAUUCCCGUUGAGAAAACCAGAUCAUUGUUCUAUUGUUCCGAGAAAAAAGACGUUCAACAAAUAUCCUGGAAUUUAGAACUGCCGGAAAACAUUGUGCCCGGCUCUGACAGGGCAGAGGUGGCGGUAAUUGGCGACCUGUUGGGACCCAGCAUGGAGCACCUGGACCGGUUGGUGCAGCUCCCGGUGGGCUGCGGAGAGCAGAACAUGGUUCUCUUCGUGCCGAACAUCGUGGUGUUGAAGUACUUGAACGUGAGCGGCUCAGCGGAAAAUCCGCGGCUGCAGGAGGAGGCCGUUCAGAACAUGAAAGCCGGCUACCAAAGAGAGCUCAAAUACAGGCACGACGACGGAUCCUACUCGGCAUUUGGCAAAAGCGAUGAGUCGGGUUCGAUGUGGCUGACCGCCUUCGUUGUGAAAUCAUUCGCGCAAGCCAGAGAGUUCAUAGACGUGGACCAAGACGAUCUGAAAAAGAGCACUGACUGGAUUUUGUCGCACCAGCUGGAGAACGGAUGCUUCAGACAAGUCGGGAAACUUUUCCACAAGGCCAUGAAGGGCGGUGUUUCGGAAUCGCCAGUGGCGUUGACCGCCUACAUUUUGAUCGCGCUGCUGAAAUCGAAAUCAGUGGAAAAUGACAAGGUUUUCGAAAACGGCCUCGACUGUCUGAAACAAUCAAGCGCAGACACCGAACUGUACACUCGCGUAAUUUCCACUUACGCCCUGCAGUUGAUCAGCGAUCGCCUGAACAGACCUGCCUCUGUGGGCAACGACGCGCGCAAGGCACUGGAUGAUUUAAUUAAAAGCACCACCAAGGAAGGAGACACCGAUGUCUACUGGCAAAAAGAUUCGACCAGCUUGGGCCUGAACAUCGAGAUGACCGCUUACGCAAUCUUGACAUUGGUCAAGGUCGGCGGCACAGAGAACUUGGAGCUGGCUUUCAAUGCAACACGCUGGGUGUCUAAGCAAAGGAACAGCAACGGAGGAUUUGUUUCGACACAGGACACCGUCGUUGCCCUGGAGGCAUUGGCAGUAUUCGCCUCGACCCUGCCGCGGGGAAAUGUUGAUCUGAAAAUCACCGUAACCCCUGAGGGCCGAGAUAGCCUGAACUUUGAGGUCAAAUCCGCAAACAAGCAAAUCUUGCAGCAAAAGGAUUUGGGUAGCGUGCCCAGAAACCUGCAGUGGACCGCCGACGGAGAGGGUUGCGGCCUUAUUCAAAAUACAGUGCGAUAUAAUUUGAAGAAGUCGAGUGAGAAGCUGGACGCGUUCAAUGUGACGAGUAAAGUUAGCAAAGCCAAGGGGGAGAAGUGCACCGACCUUGAGCUCGAAUUCACCCUGGCUUACAACUUGCCGGACGGAGCCUCCAACAUGGCCGUCCUGGAGGUUGAACUACUUAGCGGAUACAAACCGUCCACUACCUCUCUGGACAAGCUGAAGAACAAAUUGCCAACUUUCAAGCGGUGGGAAUUCGAAGAGGGCAAGCUUCAACUGUACUUUGACUCGAUCGAUUCGACGCCCUUGAGCGUGCCAAUAAUCAUCGCACAGAAGGUCCAGGUCGAGAACAUUAAGCCGGCGCAGGUCAAGCUCUAUGACUACUAUGAACAGGAGUGGUUUGCCCGUGACGAAUACGGAUUGGUGGGCUUGAACUGCAGCCCUUGAGCGUUAUCGGCUAUGGCCUACAUGACGGAAGAUUAAACAAGUCUUAUCGAAUUACAGGGGCGUCUUAUGAGUUGUGAAAAAAUGGUGCAAGUCUUCUUUUUGUCAUUGUUACCCAACAAUAAAAUAAAUGUUCUACUUUAAA